CCGCGGGCAGCGGGACACACCCUCCGCCCCUCGGCCCGCGCCCCGCCCGGCGGCAGGCGCGGGGCGGGUUGCGCGCUCCGGGGGCGCCGGCCGCCGGCCUCGGGGCGCUGACGAUGGCGGGCUGACUGGGGCGGGAGCCCGCGCCGGGGCAGGAUGAUGCUCCUGAGGGGCGCGUGGACGCGCGGCCGGCGGCUGCCGGCGACCCCCGGACCCCAGGGCCGAGCGCGUCCGGGGCCGCGAACGCCGGUGCCUCAGGUUUUGUGUGUGAAGCUGUGUGGAAAUCUAAAAUUCUAUCAAUCACGUUUUUAUGGUACAGUGGUGCCCCCUGAUGAAGUAACAGUUAAUUAUAGACAUGGACUUCCCUUGAUAACACUCACUUUGCCAUCCAGAAAAGAGCGCUGUCAAUUUGUGGUCAAACCAAUGUUAUCAACAGUUGGUUCAUUCCUUCAGGACCUACAAAAUGAAGAUAAAGGUGUCAAAACUGCAGCCAUCUUCACAGCAGAUGGCAGUGAAAUUCCAGCUUCGACCUUGAUGGAAAUUUUGCUAAUGAAUGAUUUUAAACUUGUCAUUAACAAAGUAACAUAUGAUGUACAGUGCCCCAAGAAAGAAAAACUGAGUAUGGAACAUGCUACUCAGAUGGAAAAUGUGAAAUCCUUGGUUCACAGACUGUUUACAGCUUUGCAUUUAGAAGAGUUUCAGAAAAAACGAGAGCACCUCUUACUGGAGAAAAUUGACCACCUGAAGGGACAGCUGAGGCCUCUCGAACAGAUAAAAGCUGGAAUCGAAGCUCGCUCAGAAGCUAAAACGAGCAGACUUCUGUGGGCUGGGUUAGCACUGUUGUCCGUUCAGGGCGGGGCCUUGGCCUGGCUCACCUGGUGGGUGUACUCCUGGGAUAUUAUGGAACCAGUGACCUACUUCAUCACAGUUGCAAAUUCCAUGGUCUUUUUUGCAUACUUUAUAAUCACCCGACAGGAUUAUACUUACUCAGCUGUUAAGAGUAGGCAGUUUCUUCACUUCUUCCAUAAAAAAUCAAAGAAACAACAUUUUGAUGUGGUGCAGUACAACAAGUUAAAAGAAGAUCUUGCUAAGGCUACAGAGUCGCUGAAACAGGUGCGCCACUCUCUCUAUUUGCGAAUGCAAGGAAAGGAACUCAAUGGAAAGAAUUAAUCUUGCAUUUUUAAAUAUCAUUGAAUUUUUUCCAGUACGUGUUGAUUCUGCAACUUAAAAACUGGAACUUUUUGAGUCCCAUAGUUCCUUUGAAUUUGAUUGUUUUAAUCUCUUUUGUUAAAUUAAAAAAAAUGCUUGCAAAACA